CCAAGCCGGCAGAAACGAUUUGGUCGGAGGAAUAUUAAUGAGGUGCUCCUGCUGGCUCCGCUGUUGCCACCGCCAGGCUGAUGGCCAUACUCCACCAAGAUGUCGUCGUGCACCUUGUUCCUUCUCCUCUUCAAGAGUACCCUCGGACACUUCGGUGCAAUUCUUAAGGGCCGAUGCAAAUGCCGAUGAAGAACAACCUCGGAAGAAUACAGUGGAUCCAAAUCUUGCCAUUCACAGGGCAAAAAGAAAUCCCAAUCGCUUUUCUUCUCGUUCUUAAGAGAUUCUACAGUAAAAUUCUCUCUCGCGCACGAACUUUCUCGAGAUCCAGAGAGUUGGGCUCCCAGAUCUCUUCCCGUUCCAUCCCCUAGCAUCGAGAAUUUGUCGAAUCGGUUGCGAAUUGGCCUUCCUUCUCCCUUCCCCUGGCAUACUCUGUUUCUAGGGCUCGGCAAUGUCCUCUUGCAUUCUCCUCCAAAACGGCAGCCCCUGCGUAGGCCAAGAGCUCAGGAGCUCUCACAGCGCCAAUCCAGCUCCAUUUAUCCCUCCCAUCACUCGGGUAAGCUCAAUCUCCCUCACCUCGAUCACCCAAAGAGCAACUCCAAGAGACGUGAGUGUGAGCGCCGGGAAGAAGAAGAGGGUGAGUCCCGGGGGACGCUUCGACGGUCCCAGGAAGCCCAAGGACUUGGGUCCAUCGCCGGAGGUGAUCGACAAGGUCCUGGCCGAGGCGGACAUCGUCUACAACGACGACUACUACAAGUAUGGAGCUUACGGGCCAUACCGCCACCGCGGGAUGAUCUUCGGCGAGCCCAAGUUUGGGUCCGUACACGACAAGGACAUGGUGUUCCUCUACUCGUCGGUCCGGGACGACGAGGAGAUGGAGGAGAUGCACAAGUUCCAGCAGUGCCGGAUCUUCGACAAGAAGCUCGACAUGAUGGACUCGGCCAAGAUGCAUUUUUUCUACGUGUUCGUGAGGGGGACGAGCAAGCCGCGGCGAUGGCAGCCGCCGUGGAAGACGUGGACGCUGGCGGCGCACGUCGUUGUGGAGUCUGGCGAUGCCAAGCUCGAUAAGUGGGACGUUGGCGAGAGGGUGGAUCUUCGGGCGCGGCACGGGGUGACGAGGUGUGUGUCGUGGUGCCGGCCGGAUUUGAUCUGGGUGAAGAGGCCGGAGUAUCAGAUGAGAUAUGAGCCGCAGGAGGAUUACAUGCGUGGGCUGUUCGAGCUUCUCAAUCCCGAGACGGAGCUGGAUGGGAUCGAGGGCGAGGACGUGGAAGAGAGGAGAAAGAAGAGCUUCUACUACCGGCUGUGCGAGAGGCUGGGCGUGGAGGUGAGCGCGAGCGAGGCGGAGAUUGUGGCGGCGUGGGUGGGGCUGGAUGAAGAGAGGAGAUCGCUGGUGCUGGAGCAUAUGAUGAAUGGCCAGCCCGUGCAGUUCCUUCAUCCGUUUACCAAGGAGUGGCGGCGGAAGGAGGCCGAGGCCGAGGCCACGGGGCGAAAGGUUGAGUUUGCGAGUGACGAGAGUGUGUGGGAUGAUGAAGAUGAGGAGGAAGGCAAAGACGAGGAUGGCGAGCAAGAUCAUGGUAGUGAAGAUGGAGAUGAAAAUGAAGAAGACGAAGAUGGUGGCGAUGACGAAGACGAGGAAGGUGGCGAUGACGAAGAAGAAGAAGAUGGUCGUGAUGACGAAGACGAUGAUAUUGCUAGUGAAGAAGCUGGUGAUCAAGAGCUUGAUCUGGGUGAAGCGCUGGCACAGCUUAGAAAAUACGACGAAGAGCAGCUCGAAAGCUUCGAGUCCCAGGAAGAGGAAGAAGAACCAGGAGGAGAUCAUCGUAUUCUAGAAGAAGGAAGUGGAAUUGCGGCUAAACAGGGCAACGAGGAAGAAGUGGGGAUGCGAAAGAAGAGGAAGAGGAGGAUGAAGGAGAGCUACUUUGGUGGCAAGCCCCAUCCACUGCGGAAGAGAAACCUCACGUCCUGGCAGCGCGAUUUCUACCGGGAGGUGACCCCGAGCUAUGCUGCGCUGCGACGCUACCCGCGAGAGCUCUAUUUCCACCACUUCGAUCAGCUCGACGAUGACAGGGAUGAGAGCAAGAACUGGAACUUCGAGCCAGGGACUGGAUUGAAGGCCGCCGUGAGGCCAUUCACGUACCAAGACAUGCUCGAAGAGAUUGUCUACAUUAGGCGCCAAUUUACUUGUUACAACUAGCCGGAGCAUUUAGAUAAUAAAAUAGUUUUGUCGUUA